CGAGGCAAACAGCCAAAUCACAUGAUCCUGCUCACAUGAUCGUGAAGCAGUAAAGUCACGAUUGUUAUUGUCAGGUGUCAUCAAGAUGAAAUUGGUCGUAUUUUUGACGCUGUUGGGUUUCGUUAGUGUUGAGAGCAGUUCCCUGCUGGGCUCUAGUAAGUGUACCUGGGGGCCAUCUUACUGGUGCAGCCAUGUUUCCCGGGCCAAGGAGUGCAAGGCUGUGGACCACUGCCUACAAACAGUCUGGACAAAGCAGACGGUCUCCAACACAGACAGCAGCGGAAGAUGUAAGCUGUGCGAAACAUUUAUCAACAUGAUUCGUGAAGAACUGAAAACCAAUCCUGAUCAAGCUGUGAACUACAUCAAGAAAGUUUGUGAUAUCCUUCCCUUGAACCAGACCUUCAAGACUGAGUGUAUCAAUGCUGUGGAUGAUGUGGAAGUUGUGGUCAAACUGCUUCAGAGCAACAUGACUGCCGAGGCACUGUGUGGAAUAUUUUUGCCCUGCAGUGGAUUUGAGGACCAUGUGAACCAACACAAACAGCCUGAGACCAAUGUUUUAGUCCCCCUGGUGGAAGCUUCACCUGUCACAGCUGGUAACAUCUGCACAGAUUGUGUCAAUUUCAUGACCGAUAUCAAGAAUCUCCUUACUGAUCCCAACACAGAGAGCCAGCUGAUUGGGAUGAUAAAACAGAUCGUAUGUUCUCAGCUUGGAUCUGUGGAAGCCAUUUGUGAUGACCUCGUGGAUACAUAUGUGCCUCAGGGUAUGUCGAUACUCUCUUCCUACGUGGAUCCACAAGUGACAUGCAGUGCAGUUGGCUUCUGUACAAGCAAAGAAACUGAGGAACUGAGAUCUAAAUUCAACGACAUGAAAAACUUCGUCAUGGUAGUCCUGAGAAAGAUGGGCGUCCAUGUUACCACCAAUGCAUUGGAAUGUGAUGCAUGCAAGGCAGUUGCUUCUGAUAUCAGAAAAAUGGCUCGUGACCCCACAAUAGAGAGGAAGGUGGUCAACUUCGUUGAGCAGAAUGUGUGUGCCCAUUUGGGUGAAUUAGCUAACUUGUGUGUACAGACUGUGGAGGACAACUAUAUGGCUGUGUUCCAGCUCAUUGCUGGCUCAUUGAUUGAUGACCAGGUGUGUGUAAACCUUGGUAUGUGUCCCAGCUCCGUGGGAGUCGCUAAAUUACAGCUGGGAACCAUUGAAUGUGAAGCCUGUACGUCUGUCAUUAAAGCCCUCAGCCUCCUCGAGAGUUCUACCACAGUACAGAACGCAGUAAAGAACUUCAUAGAAAAUGAUGUGUGUACCAAACUUGGAAGCUCUGCAGGACAGUGCAAGAUAGACGUUGAUAUGUACAGUGAGGCUGCCUUCCAGAUCUUAAAAGAAAUUUUGAAUGCUGGUUUCCUGUGUAGUAAAAUGAACCUUUGUGCUUCACCUGCUCCCAAGUUAACCAGCAAUGGCGCUCUCUGUGAAGUCUGUACUGCUGCUGCUACAGAGGUUGACAAUCUGCUCAAAAGCCCAGAUACCCAGGCUAAAAUUGAGUCUCUGCUGGACAAUAUUUGUGAGCGGCUGGGUGGUAACCUUAGUGCCGAGUGCAAGACCUUUGUAGAUGAGUAUGCUCCUUUUGUGCUGACCAUGUUGGCUCAAGAGUUGGACCCAACUACCAUUUGUAAGGACAUUGGUUUGUGUCCAGCCAAGCAGGCUAUCAAAGCAGACCCACCCAAAGCUAUCAGCAAGACUAUCACGACCAGUUCUGGGUGUGCAGUUUGUGAAUUUUUGGUGAAAGAAGUGGAAGACUAUCUGAAGCAAAGUGCCACCAAGGAGGAGAUCAAAAAUGCACUAUAUGGGUUGUGUAAUGAAUUAGCUAGCAUCAAGGAUGAAUGCAACACUUUCCUGAAUGUUUACUUCGACAUUGUGUACGAAAUGUUGUUGAAUGAGACGAGCCCUGGGAAUGUUUGCACCACUAUCAAACUCUGCUCUGCCAAAAAAACACCACCACCAAAAACUUCACCGAGGUUGCAUGUAGUGCCACUCUUGAAGGAAACCUUACCAACUAAAGUUUUCAACUUGGGAGUGCCCACGUCAAGUGAAGAGUGUGUUGUCUGUGAAAUGGUCCUGAAUUAUGUAAAUGAAGCCCUGAAAGAUCCUGCAACCGAAAAGGACGUGAGAAUUGUGUUGGACAAGGCAUGUGGACAGAUUCCCCAGAAUUUCCAGCAGCAGUGUAAAACCUUUGUGGACACCUACUCCGAUCAGAUCGUACAAUGGGCCGUCGAACAGGAUGAUCCCUAUGUUGUUUGUCCAUUUAUUCACUUGUGUGGGACAUCCCAGCCAUCACAGAAGGACACUAACCUCUACUUCAGGAAACACAUGCUUGUCAAGAAAAAGUGUAAUCAGGGACCCAAAUACUGGUGUUCAUCACGGACUGCUGCCAAGAACUGCGGGAAAGAGAAUUACUGUUUUAAGAGAAACUUGGUCAACAAUCUGGUUUGAGUGACAUCAUCUGACAGUGAUUCAGGCUUCACCAGCUUUCUGCGGGAUUUGAAACAACGAGAACAGAUUUCCACACUGAAAUCCUUCAGUUAGAUCUUAGAUUUUUUGUUGACAAAUGUCACAUAUUAUAUUUAAGAAAAAAACAAAAAAUUGAAAUUUUUAAGAAAAAAGUUGAAACUAAAAUAGAUAAAAUUUAGAAUUAGAAUUUCAAAGAUAAGAUAUUGAAAUAGUUUUGUCUUUUUUUGUAUUUUUUAUUUUAUUUUAUUUCAUUUUUUUUCAUUUUUCAAUUAAGACUUAAUCAUGAUCUUGUGUUUGUUUUCUGUAUGUGUUUCUCAUUGUUUUCUUUUUUAUAUUUUGCUUUACUAAUACAUAUAGCAAAUCACAAAGAUUUGUUGUGUUGAUCAUGCUUAUAACUGUAGACCUUUGUUUUUUCUCUGGGUACUGCGACUUUCCUCCACAAAACCUGGCACGUCCUUAAAUUACCCUGGCUGUUGAUAGGACAUUAAACAAACCAAGGUCAACACAACAUCUCACUUUGGUCCAACAUUAACAUAUUAUAGAAAGUUUUAUUUACAGUAAAUAUUUUACUCGGAGUCAGUGAUAUUUAUUAAUAUUGUUAGUAUCAGACAUUUAAGUUUCUGGAAAAUGAAGGUGGAAAGAACAGAUUGUCAAGUCUUAACAAAAAACAACAAGAAAUUUCACUUACAAUAAUGGGGUAGUUAAUCAUGUUAAAUGAAAAUCUGAGUCCAUUUAAAUGGCUAUAGCAAGUUUGUGAAUUAGUCUUGUGUUAUUUUUGAAGUUGCAUUUACUUUUGUUUUGAAGUGGUCAUUUCUCUUUAUCCAGAUCUGCUUUUUCAAAAUCAGCUCUGGCCAUUUUAGUUGAUUUAAAUCUUCAGUGGCCAUUUGACUUUUAUCUCGAUCUGCAGUGGCCAUUUGAUUUUAUCUCGAUCUGCAGUGGCCAUUUGAUUUUAUCUCGAUCUGCAGGGGAGCUGAUCUCUGUUUCUUCAUUUGUGAUUUUUUGCCUCAGCAUUAACAUAGCACUCUUAGAUUGUUUAUGCAAUGAUAUUUUCAUAGUGCUUGUUGAUAUCACAUAUUUAUGAUAAACAUACAUAUAUGAAUAAUAUGCAUCUUUCCAUUAAGUUUGGUUUUGUGUGAAACAAAAAUAUUACAGCUUGGAAACAUAAGUCUGGAAUAAUGGAGACUUUCAUUUGGAAGCUUUUACUCAUAAUUUUUUUUUUAUUAUAUUCCAAAAUCGAAGAAAAAUAAACAAAAAAAGAGCAUAUUGAAAUUUAAAAUGUUUGUAUUUUGAAACCUUUAAUGCUUGCACUGAAUGAAAUCCCUGAAGAUGGAUAAAGAGAUUCCCUAUAAGGGAUGGUUUACAUUGUUAAAGAGAAUGUGAGAUUAUGUGUGUAUGUUUGGAGUGGCUGAACACAAACCUUAUUAGUGUAGAUGUGUGACAGUGUUUAUAUACAACAAACCAUGUAUAGUGUUUUCUAUGUGUUUGGUUAUUAUGUCAGAACAGUACAACCUGGGAGAAUUUCCAUUAAUACAGAAUUGUUGGAAUCUUGUUGAGAUAUACAUUUUUUUUGUUAUUAUGUUGGAAAAAAACGUGUUCAGGUUUCCGCAUACUUAUAAUAAAAUUUUCAUCAAAAUAUUUUUUUUUUUUUAAAGGAAAUGUGGUGAUAAUGAUGUAGGUACCAUGUAACAGGUCCUUGUGAUGUCACCAGAAACGUGGCAUAUGUACUAACAUUUGAUAAGGAAGAUAUAUACACAAAUUUUCUGUUAUUUUCUGUGUUGUCGUGUCUAUUUACUGUAUCAGUUGACUAGUACUAGAGCACAUAUAUUUGUGACAAAGGUUUCUUGGCAGAAAUGUGUGUGUGUGUGGAGGUAUGACGGGUGUAGAUACAUCCUGACUUUACACAUCCAAACUACAUUUAAAAUUUUAAAAGAAAAAAAGAAAAACACCAAGUUCUGUACAUUUUUCAGUUGUUUUUUUGUUUUUUGUUUUUGAUGGAAUAAUGUCUAUUGCCUGGUACAAAGUAUAUUCUACAGCACUGAUAAUGGCUACAUCUUCAGUCAAGAAACCUAAUCAUCUCUUCUGUGAAACAUAACAACUCUAUGUUACUUAACAUUCCGUUUUCAAAGAAAAUGAUGUAGUUCAGUUUGUCCAUGUCUUUUUUUCUAAUAAAUUUAUCUACUGUAACAG